AUGUGCUGCGAAUCCCUAUACGGCAUCUGGGAUGCCCUUGGCGAGAUGUCUGAACAAGACUUUAUAGCCUUUAUCGCAGACCUUCUUACGGGGGAGAAGUUUCUUAACGGGCCUAUUGAGGUCGAAGGGGUAAUGCGUAACAUUCCCUUUGGACAUGUUGUCAACACUAUUCGCGUUGGCGUGGGCCUCCUCGGCGUGCUCGCCCAAUUCCAUUUUUGCAUCUUGCGCAAGGUAGUCUGUCAGACUCAGAUAAGGAAUGCGUUGGCCAAUGAGUCAUGCUUUAUAAACCUCGUAUCGACACCUGAAAUCACGCAUACAAUGGCAGUCGUCGAACUCGGUUUCGUUACAUCCCCUGCCAGGUGCAUCCCGGACCCCUUUACCUCUCCUCACCACUCCUCCGAGAUCAGACUCACAUGA